AUGGCCCCAUCUCUGAAAUCCGAUGCUGAAUCCUCGCCCUUUGUGAGCGCAAAGCAACCGAAUUUGGAUAUCAGCCUCCAAGAUUAUCUUGAACUGUCAAAGGUUGUCUUUGACUGGGCUGAUAGCUACGACUCCAAGGAUUGGGAACGCCUUAGGGACAUCAUUGCUCCUACUUUGACUGUUGAUUAUACCCAAAUCGCCCUUGGUCGCUGGGACUCGAUGGACGCCGAAGAUUACAUGGCUAUGGUGACAGACCCAGGUUUCCUAGGAGAUCCAGCCAUUAAGACUCAACACCUUCUCGGUGCUACUUGGUGGGAAAAAGUUUCAGACACCGAAGUCAUCGGUCACCACCAGUUGCGUGCCGCCCAUCAGGUUUACACCGACGGAAAUCUGAAGACGGUCAAGCUCAAGGGACAUAGCCAUGCAACAAACGAGCAUUACUAUCGCAAAAUAAAUGGUGUUUGGAAAUUUGCAGGCCUGAAGCCGACCGUCAGAUGGAACGAGGACCGAUUCGAAGAAGUUUUCCAAGCUUCAAGUCUCGUCGUGGCAGCCUUGCCGUCACUGACUCUGGCCACCAACAAACCCGGUUUCCAGCGUUACGCGUCCGACGUUUACACUGUAUAUCAGUUUCCUGACAACGGUUCUUGGAUUUCGAACAUCGUUAGCCGUCCAAACAACGACCUGGUGAUCACUCGGACUGAUGUGCCUGAAGUAUGGGCCGUCAACGUCGACGAAUGCACGGCGGAUCAAGUUGCAACUAUUCCAGAUGUGGGCAGCGUGAUUGGUCUAUCACGACUUGACGAUGAUGUUUAUGCUGUGACUGCGGGUAAUUUGGACACUGCCACACUCAAACCGGAGCCUGGCUCCUUUUCAGUCUGGAAAGUGCAGCUGGAUUCAAACAAUGACGGCUCAGCAAGCUUAAUCGCGAAGAUUCCAGAGGCCCAAUUUCUCCAUGGCAUACAUACUUUCCAGAAACGACGAAACUCAACCCUUGUCCUGAUUGCAGAUGCUGGCCAAGGUGCUAUCUACAAAUUGGACACCGUUUCGGGCGACUACUCGAUCACCAUACAAGAUCAUGCUUUAGCUGGAGUCAACAAUUUACAAUCUCACGAUGAAUACUUAUACUUUACGGCUACCCAAAACAAGGUCUUUGGACGGGUGCCCGUCGACCUAGAAGAAGGAACAGCUACUGGGCCGGUCGAGAUCCUUUUCAAUGACCAGACUUUGAUACCUGAUGGAUUUUCUUUGACACCAGAUGGAAGUGUGGCAUAUAUGGCAACUUUGGGACAGAAUUCGGUCGUCGCGGUAGACCUUGAAGAUGAAGAUUACCCAAGGAAGACGAUUGAGGGAGGUAUCAACUCUACCCUUAUUGCUGGACCCACGACAGUUCUCUUCAUGCAGAAUGGAAAAUACCCUACCUUGUAUGUUCCGACGAAUGGUGGUCAGACCGCUCCUGUUAAUGGAGUAUUUUCUGAGCCAGCUAAGAUUGUUGUCGGUGCACCCAAUGGUCAACAACGGGAAAUGAUCUUUGUCAAUGGUCAAUUUCCGGGACCUCCUCUUGUCGUUGACGAGGGAGAUGAUGUUACGGUGACAGUGAAUAACUACCUGCCAUUCAACACUACAGUACAUUUUCAUGGAAUUGAACAAAAACACACGGCGUGGUCAGACGGCGUGCCCGGCCUCACGCAAUGGGCUAUCCAGUCCAACUAUACAUUCGACUACCAGUGGCACGCGACGCAAUAUGGAACAUAUUGGUACCAUUCUCAUGAUAUGGCCACCAUUCAAGAUGGACUUUAUGGUGCUAUACAAAUUAGGCCAUCUCCAAAGAGAGAAAACCCAUUUUCGAUGAUUACCAACGAUACGGCAGAACUGGAGAGUAUUCGAAACGCCGAGAAAUAUGCUGAGCUCAUAAUGGUGUCUGACUGGAGUCAAUACACUUCAUUUGAGUAUAUGGAUGCAAUGAAACAAACUGGUUACGAUAUUUUUUGCUCCGACAGCGUCCUCAUCCAAGGAAAAGGUUCUGUCUACUGUCCUGGCGAAGAUGUGUUGGAUUCGCUGGUAAUCCCCUCCGUCAAAGAGGUUCUCAACACCACCGUCACUGACAAAGGAUGCCUUCCUUUUGUUAUCGGCACUCAGGGUCACUGGCCACACGAGCCUGACAAUCUACCCCCUAGGCUUAAUGACGGUUGUGUUGCCAGCGAUGGGCCUACAGCCGUUGUAGAGGUCGACCCUGCUUACGGAUGGGCCAGUCUCAAUUUCAUCGGCGGUGCCAGUGAAAAAGCCCUCGUUGUUUCCAUCGAUGAACAUCCAAUGUGGGUGUAUGAGGUUGAUGGUCGAUAUAUCGAGCCACAGUAUGCGCACACCUUGGAACUGUACAAUGGCGAACGUUACUCUGUUUUUAUCAAACUCGACAAGGAGCCCGCGAACUACAAUAUAACCAUCGCUAACGACGGUGGUAAUCAAAUUGUUGCUGGCUAUGCGACUCUUCGAUAUGCCGGAGGAGAGCACAGCACAAGAGUAUCAACCCCAUACAUUAACUACGGCGGCCAACCGACUUCUUCUGACGUGAUAUCCCUAAACGUUUCCCAUCUCCCACCUUUCCCACCAGUGUAUCCUGCGAAACAGGCCGAUGACUUCUACCUCCUGAACUUGUCCCGUAUUAACUCAUCUUGGGAGUGGUCAUUGGAUGGCACCGGGUUUCUCCCUGCUAACCUUGGCUCCAUGGAGCCCGUCAUCUACAACCCUUCUUCCAGUGAAAUCGCAAAUGCGCUGAAAAUAAACACGCGGAACAAUACCUGGGUUGAUAUUGUCUUCCAGAUUAGCAUUGAAGAUCCAACAGUGACGCCCCUUGAGCCCCCUCACCCAAUUCACAAGCACUCGAACAAGAUGUUCCUUAUCGGCUCCGCACAAGGCACCUUUAACUGGUCAUCCAUUGAUGAAGAGGAAAGCCUGCUCUGGGCUGUGCUUUAUGCCGGAAGCGGCGGCUGGCAGUGCUGUGACCAGCGCCGUCCAUCAUGUGGGCAAUGCCUGAGGGUGAACCAAGAGUGCUAUGGGUAUCGAGAUCCCAAAAUCUUGAGGAUCCAUGAUCACACUCAGGAAGUUUCCAGCAAGGCCAAAGCCAGACGCAAGCCAGUAGUACAUGCGGAACAAUCAACUUCCAUGGUGCCUUUGGUUCCUCAACCUGUUCCGGGUGAUGAGCGAGACAUCUUCUCCUGUUCUGUUGGCUCUUUACAAAGCCAUGGGUUUCUCCCCAUUUUGCCGGAAAUACUGCUUACAGACCCGUCUUGUGCGCUCCAAGCCACAAUCAAGGCUGUAGGGCUAGCAAGCGUAUCGAGAGUCCAGAGGUUGCCUGGGCUAACUCGAUCGACAGGAGAGCAUUACUGCGAAGCCCUGCUUGCUACCAACACUGCCCUGAAAGACCCACUCACAGCAAAGUCCGACUCCACCUUGGCAUCCGUGGUGUUGCUUAGCUUGUAUGAGAUGAUGACAUUUCAGUCUCCGGGUACGAUGCAUAGCUGGUAUAAUCAUGUCCGAGGCGCAUCGAAGCUUCUGGAGCUACGAGGCUUAGAGCAAUUGAAUUCAUACACAGGGCUACAAUUGUUUACACUUGUGCGUUUACAAAAUGCAAUCAGCACCGUUUUCUUUAGACAUUCGAAAUAUGAUGUAUCGGGGGUGAUGGAAUUAUCGAAGGUCGCAAGAGCCAAGCAGGAUGCGCUAUCUCAACCAGUUGAAGAUUUUUACAAUAUACUAAUCCAGCUCAACAAUCUGUCUGCUGAGGUAGAUGCCGCAGAAUUGGAACAUAAUUUACAGGAGAACCUAGGGUUAUUCAUCGAAAAAUCCCUUCACGUUGAUGCUAAUCUAAGGUCAUGGGCUAUUUCGCUGACCCCAUUUUGGCAGUAUGCUGUCGUCGACGAUGACUCGCCUUCUCCCUUGGGCGACCAUACUCAUUUCCCCGCCAUCAAUGGUAAAUACCACGUGUAUCAGAAUGUCAACACUGCCUCCAUGUGGAACCACUAUCGUCAAACACGCAUAGUGGUCAAUGAGAUGGUUAGAUCAAUGUCGUUACGUCUGUGGGAAAUAAACAGGGCAGCAGAAUGCCAGCAGACGAUGAUUCAGUCCAUUGCCAUCAUCCAACAGAUGGCAGAUGAAAUUUGCACCAGCGUUUCGUACUGUUUUCAACAUUUUCUUACGAUCUUUGCGGCCGCACUCCGCCUUCUGUGGCCUUUGUUCAUUGCGGCCAAGUCUAUGGGCACUGGACCGACCACUAGAGAAUGGAUCCUGCUAGUCCUCGAUAGAAUUGGAAAUACGAUGGGUAUUCAGCAAGCGAUUAACAUGGCACAAGUCAUCAGGCUAGGAAUCAAAUUGCCCAUAUUUCCCGGCACCUGGGAACAGGAAAAUGACAUGGAGUAA